AUGAGAGCCCGCCUUCCUCAAGCUAUGGCAACCCAGAGGCUUGAGGACGCGAUCGCGAACGUCGUCGUCAACCCUCCCCUCGAAGUGAGCCCUUUGGAUGAGCGAUCCUAUCGAGCAAUCACUUUACCAAACAAGCUCAACGUCCUUUUGAUAUCCGAUGAGCGAUCUGAUAAGGCCGCCGCCGCCCUUGACGUCGCCGUCGGCCAUUUUUCAGAUCCGGACGAGCUGCCUGGCCUUGCCCAUUUUCUGGAGCAUAUGCUUUUCCUAGGGACUGAAAAAUAUCCCGAGGAGGGCUCGUACAACAAGUUUCUCGCUGAGAAUGGGGGGCAUAGCAAUGCAUACACAUCUGCGGAGAGCACCAACUUUCAUUUCGAGAUGGUCUCAAAAGAGAGCGAGGCUCAGAGCGAAACGAGGGAUUCUACCCCCCGUUUUAGAGAAGCUCUUGACCGAUUCUCCCAGUUUUUCACCUCGCCUUUGUUCACGGAAUCGGCCACAGAGCGCGAAUUGAACGCCGUCCACUCGGAGCAUCAGAAGAAUUUGCAGAACGACGCUAGACGCAUGUACCAGCUCAAGAAAACAAACUGCAACCCGAAGCAUCCCUACUCCAAGUUUGGAACUGGGUCGAUGGAGACGCUCUGGGAUACUCCAAGGGAAUCUGGUAUCGACACGAGGGCCGAAUUGCUCAAAUUUUACAAGAAGUAUUACUCCGCUAAUCUAAUGUGUCUCAGCGUCGUCGGGCCCUUUGACCUCGACGAACUUCAAUUGUGGGUGGCUGAGAUGUUUUCAGGUAUUCCGAACCACAACGCCCCCAAUCCCUGCGAAGAGUACAGAGAUAUCGACCACUUGUUACCUGAGCAUCGCGGUGUGGAGUUCCACAUGGAGUCCAUUCAGGAGAUGAGGCAGUUAGAAAUCACUUGGCCCACCCCGACAUAUUUGGAUUCUUAUAGAAGCAAGCCAGCUCGUUAUGUGGGUGGCUUGCUGGGCGAAGAAGGCGAUGGAAGCCUUUUGAGUGCGCUGAAGGCCAAGGGUUGGGCCGAUACUUUGGCGGCUGGGGCUUUUGAUCAGAUGACGUUUGGGGUGGUCCAAGUUUCCCUAACUCUCACAAAAGAAGGUGUCGAGCAUGUCGAUGACAUUCUAGGCGUUCUGUAUGAUUACCUUCGACUCGUACGGGAAUGCAAAAAUCAAGAAUGGCUGUUUACGGAGGAAGCAACUCUGGCAGAAACCUCGUUUCGCUUCCGUGAAAGGGGUCCCGCAAUCCAUUUGGUAUCGGAAAUGGCCUCUUACAUGCACAACUUGCCGCCGGCCGAGUAUCUUUCUGGCCAAUACUUGUACAAAGAGUUUAAUAUCGAGAAAAUCCAAGAAGUGCUGAGCUGCUUGACACCUGAGAAUGGGAACAUCACGAUAGCUGGAAAAUUUGUAUCGGACAAGGUUACUCGGAAGGAGCGAUGGUACGAAACCCCAUACCAUGUUGAGAGUGUGAAAGAAGAAAGACAUCGUCAGUGGACAGACCGCAAGUCAAGUACUGAGAUACAUCUACCGGCGCCCAACCCAUUCAUUCCCACAGAAUUUGAUCUUAUUGUGGAGCCCCUGCCGGACGGUGAGGACGAUGUUGAGGGCCCUGCCGAGAUUCUUCGCGAUGAUUACAUGGAAGUUCAUUACAAACUAGACCGCACGUUUAAGAGACCAAAGGCGACAGUGAUAUUGUCAAUGAGGACACCGCUUGCGUACAGGAGUCCCUGGCAUUCAGUGAUGUGUAACAUUUUUACAUAUCUUUUGGAGGACGCGUUGACGGAGUACACGUACGCCGCUGAGAAGGCGGGCUUCAUGUAUUCUAUAUCACAAGACACAAACGGGAUCAAGUUGUUUGUUCAAGGAUAUAGCCACCGCAUUGACGUUCUUCUGGCUGCGAUUGUGAAAAAGAUGAACACUUUUGAGGCGGAUGCAACCAGGUUUGAUAUGAUCCGUGACAAUGUGGAACGAGAUUACAUCAAUUAUGGAAAAAGACAACCAUACAGUAUGGCAAUGUACAACAUAAAUUAUCUCAUGGAGGAUCCAAGAUGGCAUGUGUCUGAUUACUUGAAGGUCCUCUCGGAUGGCUCUGUGAACUUGAAGUCACUGACUCAGUUUUCGAAAGACAUUCUCAGUCACAUGUUUAUCACUUCUCUAGUCUCUGGAAACAUUAGCGAACAAAAGACGAUUGAAAUGCUGAAGUCUGUGCAGACCGUCAUCGGCUACAGUCCAGUCCCAGACAUUGAACAACUUCAUCGCCGAGUUGUCCAGGUUCCGAUUGGAAAAGACAUCUUCACGAGGAACAUUCAUCCAAACCCUGAAGAUAACAACUCUGCAAUCGACGUGUUCUUCCCGAUAGGACCUCGAGAAGAUAUUGUGAAAGACGUCAUUGUAGAAUUGCUCAGUGACAUUUUGAACAAACCGGUCUUCCAUGAACUUCGCACAGUCCAACAACUGGGAUACUGUGUUUUUGAGGGCCGUGGCCUUGUCGAGAGUGUAAGCGGAAUCUACAUCAUCGUGCAGUCUACUGUAGCAGACCCUGAUGAGCUUCUCUCACGAAUCGACAAAUUACUUUCUGAGGCGCACAAGGAGAUUUUUGACCCCAUGACUGAAGACAACUUCCAGGAUUACGUGAGAGCACUUGUCGCCUCUAAGGCUGAACCAGACAGGAGGUUAUAUGUGCGGACGUGGAGAUUCUGGAAAGAACUUGAACAGGGGUAUCGAGAGUAUGACCGGAUUCCAAAGGAAAUCGAGGCGUUGGGUACUAUUUCGAAAGCUGACGUGGUCGACUUCUUCGAUGCACACAUAGCCGUUGGUGGAAAGUCGAGAAGACGACUCGUUUCUCAAGUCUUUGGAAGCCAGCACCCUAUUGCUAACAAAAAACCAGUGCCAGAAGGAGCACUCGAUGUUGGAAAUCCAAUAGCUUUUCGAAGAUCUUGUCCAAUGUAUCCCGUAGGCGGCAUUCAUGACAUCGCUGGAGCUAUGUCUAAGUGAAGAUAUUUCUGUUUCAGAAUAAAGAAACGAGAUUGAAU